AUGGAUUUGGCUUCGUCACCUGGCUAUCGAUCUGAUCUUUCAUCAGUUUUGUUUAAAAUUGAUUGUGAUGCAUCGGUAAAAUUGGCUGAGGUGUCUAUAGAGAAUCGUUCAUCAAUUGUUAUCUUCGAUGUUGGUACAACUUUUCGUAUAGUAUGUAUCAAUCGGGGUACAAUCUCAAUCAUCAAAAUGACAGCAGUACCCGAUGAAGGAAAGAAAAUGGCACGAGAAUAUAAAGAUAAUCAUAAGGGAGAGACUAUUCAAACGCUACUUGAUCAAUUAUUAGCUCCUCCACAACAGCCAUCGUCUACUCUUCCAAAAUCACCAUUAUCUUCUCCUUCAGAACCUAUGCAUCCAUUAUCUUCUCCUUCAGAACCUAUACAUCCGUUAUCUUCAUCAACCCAAGCCAUAGAUAGUAAACCGAAAAUAUCUGAUGAUGAAUUACAAGCAGAGAAUUAUGUUAAGAACGGUGAAAUCGAUUUAGCAAUUGCUGCAUAUCGACGUAUUUGUCCUACGUCGGCUUCUAUACUGAUUCACAUUGGCGAUCUUUAUGCUGAUAAGAAAGGAGACUACGAUAAUGCACUUCACUGCUAUACACAGGCACUCAAAAUGCAAGAAGAAACAGACGAAGAUACUACUGAGACUAUCACUCUAAUUGGUAUGGUGCAUCAUGAAAGUCGUAAAUUCGACUUAAGUUUGCAAUAUCAUACUCGCGCACUCAAGUUACGUGAAUCUCGUGUGCCAUUGGAUCAAGCCUCUAUUGCUACGAAUCUAGUUGGUAUGUCAAAUGCUCAUCGAGCUCGGCACGAACUAUCAGAAGCACUUGAUUAUGCCCGGCGAGCCUUGGCCAUACGUGAAGCUAUAGUGCCCGUCAACGAAGUAAGUGUAGCCGCAAGUUUGGCGACACUUGCCAAUAUUCAUUACGAUCUUGGCGAUGCUUCUCAAGCACUCAAAUUUGGUAUGAAUGCAUUUACUAUCUUUGACCGUACUCUUCCGUCUGAUUCACCUGAAUUAGCCGCUGUACUCAACAAUUUGGGUGCGAUACAGAUGAGUUUGGGUGCAAUAUCUGAAGCUCGGCAAUACUUCGAAAAAUCAUUAGAGAUUUAUCGACAAAGUCUUCCAUGGGGACAUCCAUACCUAGUUAAAUUGGAGAAUAAUAUUCGACAUGUCACAGAAACACAGAAACAAACAGAAAAUGAUUCAAAAGUCAAAUCAUGA